AUGCAAGAGAAGCAUCCGAACUGGACUGAUGAAGAGCUCUUUCAAGCCGCUCGAAGAUGGCUGAUUGCUACGCUUCAGAAAAUCAUCUUUUACGAUUUCCUUCCCGCUCUGAUUAACGAAGAGGUAAAGCCCUACACGAAGUACAUGCCACACGUGCCUCCGGGCAUCUCACAUGCAUUUGCCGCUGCCGCUUUCCGAUUUCCGCAUAGCAUCGUGAGUUCCAGUUCUUUGUUGAGUACAGCUGUGGCCUUCCGUUCUGUAAGCGAACAAUGUAGCAAUGUUCCUCAGGUGCCACCAGCAAUGAUACUCCGCAAAAAUGUGAAUGCCUGCGAGUUCCGUGAAGAAGUUGGAGGAUUCCCGGCUCUUCGUCUCUGUCAGAACUGGUGGAACGCCCAGGACAUCGUCCAGGAGUACUCUGUAGAUGAAAUCAUUCUCGGAAUGGCUUCUCAGGUCAGCGAGGCUGAUGACAUUGUUGUUGUGGAGGAUCUACGAGACUUUAUCUUUGGUCCAAUGCACUUCACACGAUUGGAUGUGGUUGCCUCGUCCAUUAUGCGAGGACGUGACAAUGGUCUUCCAUCAUAUAAUGUACUGAGAAAAACGUUCAACCUGCCCGAGAAGACUUGGGAAACGAUCAACCCAACACUCUACCAAACCAACAAAACGAUGUUCAAAAAGCUUGAAGAGCUUUAUGGCGAUAUCGCCUAUUUGGACGCGUAUGUUGGCGGAAUGCUCGAGGUAGACAAUGGACCUGGCGAAUUGUUCAAGGCGAUCAUUAAGGACCAAUUUGAAAGGCUUCGAGACUCGGACAGGUUUUGGUUCGAGAAUAAACAGAACGGUCUCUUCACCGAUGAGGAAAUCGAACAGAUUCGCAACAUCACUCUGAGGGACAUCAUCCGAGAAACCACUGAAAUAUCAGACCAGUGGUUGCAGAAAGACGUGUUUUUCUUCAAAGACGGUGAUCCGUGCCCGCAGCCGUUCCAAGUGAAUGCUACAGGACUUGAGGAGUGCGUUCCUUUCAUGCGAUUCGACCACUUCACAGGGAACGAAGUCACCUACAUCUUCACACUCAUCGGCCUGGGAUGUAUUCCACUGAUCUGCUUCGGCAUCGGUUACGUACUCGUUCAAAGACGUCGCCGAAUGGGUUGGGACAGUUCGUUCGACGACCUGUCCGCCACGGCAAUUGAUGACGAUGGCCCGAAUGAUCGCUAUCACAUACAAGCUUUCGAAUGGCUUCAGGAAUGUUAUGUUCGUCAAGUGAUUGUCGAGUUUUCAACCGGAACCCUAACGCUUCGGAAACCACGCGGACCGAUACUGAGGAAAAUGAUUUUCCCCGAAAACGCGCAGAUAACUGUUCUGCAUAGCGAGCCAAAUGCCUCGACAGUUCAUGGACCGUACUGUUUGAUAAAACUCAGAAAAACCUAUGAUUUGGUCCUUCGUCUUCCGUCUGAUAAGCACUUGCCGGAGUUCUUAGCAGCGCUCACUCUCUCGUUGAAGAAGCUUGAUGGACAGGUGACUUCGAUUCCGAUGGCCAACGCGGUGCUGCUCGAAAAAGCUGAAACAAAGGAUCGCCGUCAGCAACGUUUGGAUCACUUCUUCCGUGAGGCUUACGCUCGUGCAUUCGACCAACCGAAGCUAAGCGAUUCGGAGAUGAGAGAAGACGACAGCGACGAUAUCCUCAAUCAGACAAUCACCAGGUACGAACUCGCCCAGGCGAUGGGUAUGAGGGAAACGGAUAUUUUUGUGCAACGAAUGUUUGCCGUCACAACACAUUCUGAUAGCGACGUCAUCACAUUCGCAGAGUUUCUCAAAGUCCUGAGAAAGUUCAGUGAAGGUGAGUAA